AAUGUUCCAAGUAACGUUAUUGCUAGCACUUGUGAGUUUUGUACUCGGCGAUUUCGACGCCGACCUCCACGACAAAUAUAUGACAAUGUCUAGGGAAGAAUUUAUAGAAUACUUUAAUAGUCAAAAUUACAACUUCAAAAUUGGAUCUGCCCCAGAAUUACACGAGUCAAGUACCUCUUGCGUUUAUAUGGACGAAGAGACCUUCAACAAUCUUCCAAGAAUAUAUCACAGCCCCGCAGUUAUCGCAGCUGCACCAGAAAGCUUUGAUGCGAGACAGCAAUGGCCUAGUUGUGGAAGCAUAAGCGAAGUAUACAAUCAAGGCGCUUGUGGAUCCUGCUGGACCUUCGGAACAGCUACUGUUGCAUCAGACAGAACAUGCAUUGGCUUAGGCGUUGAUGUUCGCUUAUCGGAACAGGAUUUUGAAUGCUUAACCAAAGAUGUUUGUAAAGGUUACUAUCCACAAGAGGCCUUUAAUUUUUGGACCACCCAAGGGCUGGUUACUCAAGAAUGUAAGCCGUACGACAUUGAUAAACUCAAGUACAAUCAAACAUGUACAAGAACUUGUGUUGACGGAAGUUCUUAUGAAAGUAACAAACAUUAUGGUGCCUCAGUUUACUCUGUGGCUAGUGAUGAUGGCCAAAUAAUCGCAGAAUUAUUCCAAAAUGGGCCAAUAGAAGCCGUAUUUACUGUUUUUGAUGAUUUUCGGAAUUAUAAAUCUGGUGUUUAUGAACACAUGUAUGGUGGUAUGGCUGGAGCUCACAGCGUCAGAGUUUUAGGCUAUGGAGUCGAGAAUGGUGUACCGUACUGGUUGGCUGUUAACAGUUAUGGAAGAGGAUGGGGUGAAGGUGGAUAUUUUAAAGUUAAACGUUUUGCAAGCGAUAUUGGUUUCGAAAACCAGCUGUUAGCUGGCCGAGCAAGAAAUUAAAGUAUGUGCACACACUGUAUUGUCGAUUCUACUGUUAAUUUGUUUCUGACGAAUCAAUGGCACUUAAUUUUGUUUUCUUUUUCUGUUUAUAAAAAUAACUUGGGAUAUUAUAUUAUUAUGAUCAUU